UGAUCUAAUGCUGAAUUGUUUUUCGUGCAAGAAUCUAAUGGUCAAAGAAUCAAAGUUGCUGAUGCAUGAAUGCUGAGUUUUCCUUUUUGAAAAGGAACAAACCAAGCUGCUAUGAAAUCUUCCAAGAAUUGCUUGGAAAUUGCAGAACAAUUUGCAAAGACUUUUCUCGUAUUCAUCUUCUAAAUAACACAAGGAUCCAGCUCAUAUAAAGGGGGAAGGAAGGAGUAGUUUUGCCAGGAAUUCAGUAUCUACCUCAACAGACUGUAUACAAAAAUCAUCCCCAUGGGAGAACUAGAGUUUUUGAACUCGAGCUCCGGAUCAGCCGAGUUGAUAGGUUACAACGAUGAUAUUCUCAUAAACAUUCUCGUUCGUCUCCCCGGAAAAUCUCUCCUGAGAUUCCGAAACGUAUCGAAGCAGUGGUUUUCUCUAAUUUCUAGCCCCUACUUCACUCGUUGCCUUAACCAAAGCUCAAUAUUUCCAUCCGCCAUCUUCUUGAGGAUGAGAAACAAGCCCAAGUAUCACUUCCUUUCACUCGAUACGAAUCCGGUUAGCGGGUCAACAAUUACAUCUUUCACUUUCGUUGAUGACCCUGCAGGCAUUAAGCUUCUCCAAUCCUGCAAUGGCUUGUUAUUGUGCUGUAGCAACAACCGGAUCGGAGAAUAUGACCGGAACUACUACAUUUACAAUCCUACAACCAACCAAUACACUACCCUCCCCAAGCCAGGUAACAGAACUCCAAGCCCAAACACUAUUUUCGGUGUUAUUUUAGCUUUUGAUCCCUCGAAAUCAGAACAUUACAAAGUCGUUUUUGUUCGAAGUUCAGAGACAUCUUCUCAUCUUUAUCGGUUGGAGAUAUACUCAUCUGAAACUCAUCUUUGGAGCUUCUCAAGCGAUAUUCCAAAGGUUAAAAAUUUCGGUCAAGGGGUCUAUUGUUGCGGUGCUGUUCAUUGGAUCAUGAACAACUCCAGGUCCUUGCUAUGUUUCGAUGUUCAUCAGGAGAGAUUUCGAGAGAUUCCAUUGCCUAAUAUUCCAAAUGAUUCGGACCAACAGCCCAAGUGCAGAUACUUCGGGGAAUCCGGAGGUCGUCUGCAUCUCAUCUUAACAAGUUGCAAGCAUAGUACUAGGCAGUUCGACGUUUACGAGAUGAAAAACGACUUUUCUGGGUGGUUUGCGAAGUAUCAAGUCGACCUCAAUGCACUUAUAUCAACAUAUCCAGAGAUGACCCGAAGCCACUCUCACCCAUCAGACUGGGAUUAUCAUGCAUUUAGAGUGCUAGCCAUUGUUGUUCGCAAAGAAAGCAAACCAGGGCGAUCGCCAUCGUCAUUCAUCGUGUUGCACAUACCCGGUAAGGCCAUUGCCUACAGUUUCAAAGACAAAACUUCCACAUUGCUCCAUGACUUUGCUCCUGGUUGCAUCGACAUCGAGGGUUGCACGACAUUUGAAUGUGACGAUGCUUAUCCCUAUGUUACAACUUUAGCCAUUGCCUAAAGUUUUCGACAUCAUUGGAUGCCUCUAAAUGAGA